AUGGGAGAAACAGAAGAGAAAGAAGUGAAGAAGAAUCAUGGUGAUAAAGAAGAGGAACACAACAAAGCUGAGAAAACAGAUAAGAAGGAGAAGAAGAAGGAUAAAGAUAAGAAGGAUAAGAACGAGGACGAUAAAAAAGGUGGAGGAGAAGAAGGUGAAGAUCAAGAGAAGAAGAGCAAGAAGAAAGAUAAGAAGACGAAGAAAGAGAAGAACCCUGAAGAUAAGAAAGAUCCAGAGAAGUUGAAGAUGAAACUUCAGAAGAUUGAAGAAAAGAUUCAAGCUAUGGUCUUAAAGAAAGAUGAGAUCGUCAAGCUUAUUCAUGAUGCUGAACAAGCUAAAGCUAGUGCAGUUGCAGUAACAGAUGCACCACCACCAACUAACUAA